AUGGCGCCGCAGGGGGAGCGUGGAAGCCGAGGAUCGUUGGAGAAUGGGGGCGGCGAGAGGGACUGCGACGUGAGGCACGCGCGGGAGGAGGCCGAAGACCGGUUUAAGGCGGGAAAGAACCUGGAUGAAGCAGACAACGAGGCCGCCGAUGCAGAGGCAGACCCGCGAACAGCAGGCAGGAGGGGGCGGGGGACAGCGGCAGACGAGGGACUCCUCCUUCGUCUCUGCUGCGCGUCGUUCGGGGGUCUCCGCGAGCGGGUGAACGCCGAGCUGGCCGGCCUGACUCCGGGCAGCUGCAGGCAACGACGCCACAGGAGAGAAGGCAGGAAAGUUGAGGAAACACAGCCCGCAGGGCGCGGUCAACGCAUCGACGGGAGCGGCGGCCUGCGGCGAAACACAGGGAGAAUGCAAGGAGGCAGCGGGGCAGCCUGUCUGCCUGUUGGUCGCAGGCCCCGCGCGGAAUCGAAGCGAGACCCGCAACCUGCCGGAGCUCGCGUGCGCUUCUCUCCUCUUCCGCGCCCAAUUUCUUCUUCCAUGCGCCGUUCGCUGCGGCUGCCGGCGGAGUCUGCCGCGCAGUCAGCGUCUACGCCGAGAAGCGGAGACUGGGACUGGCUGCCCGAGGGCGGAGACGGCGACGUCGAACUCUCGCGGUCGGCGCACCCGCCGCUCGCCUUCGCGGAUGUCGCUGGCUUCGGCGCGCCGCCUGUCGACGGCCCAGAAGACGGUGAAGAAGCUAAAGGCACGUCAGUGGCUGAAGGCGUCCGGCCGUGCGCCUCUUGGUUGCGACAUCGCCAGCACGGGGAGUGGAGACGGCGCUGCGACGACGCCAAGCGCGCGGGGGGUCGGUCGCAGGGGCAGCCUGCAGCUGCAGCUGGUGGUUUGGGGUCUGUUAAUGCGGGCUCCGCGGCUUACGAUGGUGUCGCUUCGUCGCCGGAGGCCUUCCGCCGUGUCUUCGAGGGACCCGCCGGAGUCAUUCCGCCACCGCGAUGCCCGUCGCAACCUCUGGCUCCAGGCGUGGACGUCUCUCGCCGGCCACCGCCUGCCGCCAUGUCGAGGCCUCCCGCCGGUCUCUCAUCGGCCGCUCUGCCCUCUGCGACUUCUCGCCCUUCCGCCGCUCUUGACUCUUCGGCUGGAGAGGCAGAAAAUCCAGCAAGCCGCGCACCCAGCCCCCCGGGACGCGAGGCAGCUUCUCGGCCUGCCGCGCCGCGAGUCUCACUUCCUCCUCCCGCUUUCUCGUCGUCGCCUUGGCUGGCUGAGACUCUCCCCGCGGCUUCGUCCUCUCCCGCUGCGUGCUCCCGGUCAGCCCUCGCCGCGACUCGACGGAGCUUCUCUUCGCCUUUUCGCUGGCUGAGGAAGCGCGCCCUCUCUUCAUCUCUCGGGAAGGCGACGUUCCUCCAUCGGCUAAAGCAUCGCCCCGCUACCGGCUCCUCCUCGGCGUCGAGUCUCCUCCACUCUGGGGGCAGCGUGGGCUCUGCGCAGCCGACACAAGAGGGGACACCCCCGGGGUCUCGGGCCUCAAGGUCUCGGGGCGAAAGGACUGGGAAGCCUGGAAUGCCCGUCGGCCCUGUCGCGCCCCCGCAGCCCUCUGCAUCUCGUGGGCACGCUGCCGCGUCUUCGCACGUUUUUGCCGCCUGCGUCUCGCCGCGCGCGUCUGAAUACUCCGCGUCCGCGCUGCGCUCAGAGGAGAAGCAGGCGCUGGCGGAGAGCGUGCUUCGCUGUUGCUUCUGCUGCAGCGAGCUGCCUUCCAGGGCGUCGCCAGCUGCGGAGACGAUCCGCGAGGAGGUGCGUGCCCGCGAAAUGGCCAGCCGGCUCCUGAGCGAGCUGAAGCGGCUCCUCAGACUUGUACUCUUCAGGCAGGAUGCCUGCGGAAGCGAUUCAAAAACGCUCGCCAGGGAGACUUUCGCCGCGACCAGGCGCUCGCGCCCUGCCGUCGUGCAGGCGCUGCGGCACGUCGCCAAAACGAUGCAGCUGAGAGCCGUGCAGCGCGCGGGGGAAGACGCAGCCACAGCUCUUCGCUUCCUUCUCGUCACGCAUCGUCUCUCCCUCCAGCUUCCAACGGAGUUCUUGUCAGCGCCAAGCGCGCCGCUCGAGCGCCUGCCGCUGCUUCUGCUGCAAGCUCUCUCCGUCGUCUCUGGGGCGACUCGAACGCGGCGAGACGGAGCUGUGCUCAACUCAGAAGUUGGGGGUGGAGACGGCGGACGAGAUGCGGCUGGCCGGAGGGAGCAGAGAGAGAGAGAGGAGCGCGAAGCACUUGGAAACGGCAGAGCCAAGACCGACAGGGAUGGAACGAGUCUGCGUCUCGUCGCUGCAUACGCGGGAUGGCUGGAGCAGAAACGCCUGAUGUUGAAGGACCUCGAUAUCUUCUUCUCUGGAAACUGGUCGCUGGAAGGUUUUUUGCGCGCCAACGGGUUCGAGAGCCUUUCGGCGCUCGCCGCGGUCGCCUGCGGCGAAGGCCCAGAGAGCGACGCCGCGCCGCUCUCGCCGGUCUCGGUCGGCGUGUUGGAGAGGUUGACGCGCACACUCCUGCUUCCGGUGCUGGCGCUCUGUCGGGCCUGCGUCGCGCAGGCCGAGACCCGCGUCUUCCCGCUGUGCGCCGUCCUCCUGUGUCACCUGGUCGACGAGGCCUGGGGGCUGUUCUCCGUCUGUCUGCAUCUGUUCGCGCUGCUUCGCGCCUGCGCUGAGGAGACGCUUCCGAGCGGCCCGUGCUCGCCGGCGGGCGGCGGCAGGGGCGGCUCCGCGCCGAGGACGCGGACGCGCUCACUCCCGCACCGCGAAGGGAGGAUGGACAGGCCGGCGAGAUGUCCAGGCGCGCCCGAAGAACCUUUCGUCCAGGCGCUCGCGGCGCGCGGCGAUCGAGGAAGGGAAGGGACGCUGCGGAGGCGCAGGGAACAAGAACUGCCCGCGCGCCUCGACGCGCUGCGACCCGCGCUCGUGGAGGCCGUCCGGCGCCUUCGAGAGGUUGCAGAAUGGUCAGGUGCUUUAUCGUCGCACAUUCGGCUUCUUGCGCGCCUCCGGCAGCUGUCGCCGUGUCUCCUCUCUGUCCUCGGCGACCUGCUCCAGUUUCCGGCUUCCGCAUUCGCAUCCGCGUCCUCACUGCGGCUCGCGGCGAGCUCUCUGCCGCAGAGUGGAGGCGUCUGCGUCCGCUUCGACCUGACGCGUCUCGAGGCACAUAUGCCCCUGCCUGCUCCCUCUCUCGAGGACGUCGUUGUCGAGGAACGGGCCGCCGCGCGAAGCCCAUCCGGUUCCUCCGCGUCCGCUUCUCAAAACAUGCCGUCGUCGUCCUUCGCGCCUGGAGCUCCUUCCGCGUCGGCUGCGUGCGCGUCCUGCGCGUCCGCGGACUGCUUUCGCUCUUGGCGGGCGUUUCUUGGCGGCGACAUGGCCUUCGGCCUCUACACUCUCUUCUCCACCGUUAAGCGACCUACAGAGGACGGCGCGACGCACACACGCAUCGGCAAAUCCCACGCAAAGCCCGCGGGCGAACGCCUGUUGCCCCGAGCCUCGCACCAGCGCCCUUCCGGCGCGCCCCCGUUGCCGUCGUCACUGUCCGUCUCGCUGUCCAGCGGACUCGCGAUCUGCGACGAGGGCAUCAACGAGUGGCGCAACGACCGCAAGGGAGAUGCCCCCCCGAACGUAUCUGAGAGUGCAUGGGCUGCCAGUGGACGCGCGAAGCAGAGAGAAGACGGGGGAACAGCAGACGACAACAGAGAACGAGCGCGCGCGCGGCUGCUCCAGGGGCACCAGGGUCUCGCUCAGGAGCCUCGCAGCCCUCGUCUUGCUGCGGCGCGGCUGUCUCCUCUCGUGUCCGCCAUGCGCGUAGGGACGUCGUUGGGGGGGGGCGAGCCCUCUUUAGAGCGCGGGAGAGAUCGUCGGGAUUGCUCGUUCCCGUGGGGCGUGAAUUUCACAGAGGGCAAGCGUGGAGCGCAGAGCAACUCGGUCUUUAUCGCACCCCCAGAGUACGACGGUGAGGCUCGUCUGCGGCGUCACUCGUCGUCCUCGUCGUUGUCAUAUGGCGAGCGCCCGUCUGCCUCUCGCGCAUCGUCGAGGAAGUCUGGCAGACUGCGGCGGCCGUCUGUGGCUUCCGCCGAGAGAGACGAGGCGGAGACUCCGCGGCUGCAAGCGCGACGGCAGAGGUCUAGGCAGAGACCAAAACAGGGGUCCUCUCCUCUGCAUUCGGGGCGUUCAGAGGACGAGACUGGCAGCGACCUCCCGGAGCAGGAGCGCUGUUUGCUGUCCUCUCUUGAGUCCGACGGCAAUCCGUUCUGCCUUGAUUCAGAUUCCAGGGGUGCGCGUCUGGGGUCCUCCGGCGCUAGGGCGCCAGGCAGAUGUCUGAGUUCUGACCGUUCGCCUCAACUCUUCGCGCCUAGCCGCUCUGAGCCUGCGCCCGCACCGGCGUUAGUCGCGUUGUCGUUUUCGCGCGCUGCGGGUUGCCGCGACUCCUCGCACUCAGUUGGUGACGACAGCCCUCAGGAGGAGCUCACGGAGGAGGAGGAAGCCGCGGGAAUAGGGGGAGGCGCUGGACUGCGUCGGAGCUGUGUGAGGGAUAGGACGCAGCGGAGAGCGUCAGCGGCUUCGUCGCGUCCGCCACUCGCCAGGCACAGCGGAGGCGCGGUCCUCGACUGGGGGGGACAGGGCGGGAGAGGCGGGGACUGGCCGCCCUGGCCCGAGGACGACCGGGGGGCGAGCGAGUGCAGCUUUGGAGCCCAGCGGGGCCGAGGCAGGAAUGCGGAGCUCGUGCCCCCCCCGAGGCCAGCUUCUCGAAACCGUCGUCAGGGAGACUCGUCGUAUGAUGAGGACGACGCGGUCCCCUCGUCCGCCGUUGCUUCGUUCGAAGAAGUUCUCCUGUCGUUCUCAAGGAAAGGGCGGCGAGAAGCUCUGGAGGAGCCGCUCUCCCGCGAGUCUCGCAACCCGUUCGAGCCGCAUGCUGCAGCGCCGCGCGCCCGGAGUGGGCAGGGGCGCUACGCGGCCGGCAGCGCCCCCGCAGACUCCCCAGCAAGUCUUUGCUCAGACCACCAGCAGUCGGCUGCGCCGAGCCGCCAGGCGGCCGCGCAGAAGCGCGGGCCAGCGGCGCGCGGGCGCAGCGGGGAGCGAGCCGCGCGCCGCGGAGAAGAGCUCGACGCAGAAGCCUCCGGUCAGGAGAGAGCCGAGAGGCGGGCGCCUCGCCGCGACGAGGACGCGCAGGGGAGACCGCACGGCCGUCGCGGAGCCGACAACGAGGGGCUCCCCUCGCGGCCGAGACGCUCCAGUGAAGACGGCCGAGGUGCGCGGCAAGUGGAGGCGCAGCGGGCGAACAGGUUGCCGCAGCAGAGCCUCGCUGCUGCCGGGCCCCCUGCGGACGAGUUCGAGGUCGACCCGUCGCUGCUGCAGGACUCAGAAGGCAGAUUCUCGCGGAGCAGUGACGCAGCGUACGCCGACGAAACCGCGCAGCUCGGCCCACCACCUCAAGAGGGCGAGCGAGGCGGACCGUCUGCUCGCCGCCGCAGGUCGCGACGCCGUGGCGACUGUGGGCGCCCGCAGAGACGGGGGACUACGGUGGAGUGCGAGGGCCACCGACAUUUGCGGCGGCGUGAGAAGCGCGAGGCAGCCCACCCUUCGCCAGCGCCAGCCUCUCGCGACGUGUCGCCCGCACCAGCGUUCUCUCGUCCGUCGUGGCCGGCUGCAUCUCUCCGUCCGCCGCCAUGUGUGGCGGGCGCCGGGAACGCCACUUCAAGCCUGUACGAUGGCUUUGGCUACUGUGGCGGCCCUCUGGGCGCGCAGCGGAUGCCCGAAGGAGCUGCGCAGCCCCCAGAGACCCCGUUUGGGCGUCCUGGCGUGUGCAACGGGGACGCGCAGAGAGGAAUGGGCCGCUUCUCAGCGGCGUCUCUCGGCGCUGAGGAGACGUGGCCAGAUCUCUCCGCGUCCUCGCCGUCGCUUCACGGGGUUUUCGCUGCAUGCGCGCCUACUGCCGCCGUGGGCGGCUUCAACUGUUUACACGAUGCAUCGUCCGAUCUCGCCCUCGCGAAUCAUCCUCUCUACAGUCCCGCUCAGCCCUGUCCUCCGUGCGUCUUUCCCUCUCCUGCUGUCCAACCGCUUGGCGCAGAUCCGAACGUGUAUGUGUACGCGCCGCCCGACCGUCCGGCGCGAGCAGGCGAUGCGGGCGAGAUCUAUGCGAAUUUCUGCCGGCCUGAAGACGCGCAGCAGCGCGUUGCUGGCGCCGACUACGGUCACGGCGUUGGGCGACUAGAGUGGCAUGCGGACGUCUUCGACUAUUAUUUCCCUGCGCCGCGUAGAUACGAAGCAGGCCCGCCGCAGCGGCAGCCCCUAGGGCCGCCUCACGGGUCGCCUCUCGAUCCGUGCCAGGGCGCUCUCUUCCAGCAGGGGGGUCCUGCGAAUCAACCACUUUCGCGUUGGCCUGCAGACGCCCCAGCUUCGUACGGUCCUCAAGCGUCUCCGCCUCUUCCAGCUGCCGAUGUUUUGGGACCAGAUGGAUGGACAGGCGCGGCUGAGGCUCGCGCCCUAGACGCUGGCGCGGUGGGGCCUGCUCUGUUUGCACUCGCAGGGUGCUCUGGAUUCCCCGGUCCUUCGGCGCCUCCAGGCGUGUUUGCGGUUGCGGGUGAGGACUUGUGCGACGCCGAGCAGUCUCCGUGGGCGAUUUCGCUCGAGGAGCUGUGCGUGGAGGCGAAGAUCGGCAGCGGCGCGUCGAGCGAGGUGUUUUCGGGGACGUGGCGGGGGACGGAUGUCGCGAUCAAGCGCGUGAUCCUUCCGCAGAACGCAAUGGCGUUGAACGCUGUGCGCGACUUCGAGCGAGAGAUGGGGAUCAUGCUGCGCCUCAGACACCCGAACCUCGUCCUGUUCAUGGGGGCGAACCUCCGCGCCCGACCCCUCUUCGUCGUGACAGAGCUCUGUGCAGGUGGCAGUCUCUUCGACCUGCUUCACAGCCACCGCGUCUUCCAGCGCCAAGGGCGACGGGUGGCGGUGCAGACGAGGCCCGCGCGAGCCCCAGGCGCCGACGCAGGGCCUUCACGCGGUGCAGAGGCGCUCGGGAAGCGGAGACAAGCGCACGACGAGGCGACAGAGAGGCAGAAAGCAGGUCCGACGGGGGCAGAGGCGACGGAGGGCGGCGCUGACGUGGACGUUGAGGAGGGGGCGGGAUGCAGGACGCACUGGAGGAAGCAUAGGCGAGGCGUGGACUCGCGUGGAGAUCCAAGUGGGAAGGGAGGCGACGCCGAGGGCUGGCACACACCUGGGAGGGCGCAGAGGCGUCCCUCCUCGUCGCCUUGUGGAGCGGCGAUGGGAGACGGGCGGGAGGCCAAAGGAUCGAAAAUCACGUUAACGUGGUGGCAAAAAGCAAAAAUUGCGUUUGACGUAGCCAAAGGCUGUGCGUACCUCCAUGGCUCCCGCCCGCCUAUCAUCCACCGCGACCUGAAGUCCUUGAACAUCCUCCUCACUGAGAAAAUCCUGCAUCCACAGCAAGUCCCGCACGCCAAGGUUGCAGACUUCGGCCUAAGCCGCAUUACGACUGUCGCUGAGGGUCAUCGCGCGGGUUUGUCGCCUUCGGCGGGCGCUUGCGUCGGCGAGGCGCCGCCGGCCGGUUUCGCGCUCCAUCCUCCUGGCUGCCCCCUUCCUGCGCCGGGCGCGCGGGCCUUUGAUGGCGACGCCGGUGGCGGCCCCCGCUCGGGGGUUGCGGGGACCUACUACUGGAUGGCUCCCGAGGUGAUCGCCGCCGGGCAGUACAGCGAGAAGGUCGACGUCUACGCUUUCGGUGUCGUGCUCUACGAGCUCCUCGCUGAGACGCUGCCCUACUGCGUCUCUGCGGACGAAGUGACGGACGCCGAGGAGGUCGGUGAAGGCGCGGGCAGCGACAGCGCCGAGGCGACGCCCGGCGCCGCGUGCGGAGGCAACGGGGACGCGGAGCGCGGAGGAAGCCGGGAACCGCUGAACGCGCAGCCGGUCAAGAGAAGCCAUUAUCCGAUGCGGUGUAGAGGACUGGAAGGACGAGCGCGAAGAUCAGGCAAUGUCGGUCUAUCGCGUGACAGACCCAGGCGCGGAGAGAGAGACGCCGGCGCGUCCCCAGGUCGUUCGGUAUCUUCGCGAGCUUCGUCGAGGCCUUCGGAUGCGUUCACAGGGCAUUCCUCGGGCGCCAGCGAAGCUUCCGUAGCGUCAGCGUCCAGUGGCGGCUCCUCUACGCGCAGCGCCGAGACGGAUGCCGAGGCCAAACGGAGGGAGAGCAGCGGAGAGCGUGGGAACUUUGAAAGGGAGUCCUUGAAGCGUCGAAGUCCGCACGAGCGUCGGCGAGCACGCAAAACUAGAGAGGCGAGUGAGAAACGGCCGCGAGCGUCCGUCCUCGUCCCGUUCUCGCCUGCAGAAGUUUGCAAACACGUAGUGCGAGGCGAACGCCCAGAUCUGUCUCGCAUUCCGGCCGACUGUCCUUCCCCGCUUUUGUAA